GGGGGAGCUGGUGUUUCCAACCCACAAUGCAUCAUCGCAGUAACCACAACUCUGCCAUGUUUGUACUCCGGUCGUUUUUGGAAAUCACUGGCGCAAAGAAACUGUUCGGUUACUAGUCCCACUUUUUGUCCUACGGGUGAAAUACUAAAUAUUAAAUGCAAUCACCACUUUCGUAGUCAGACUCUAAGCGGGACGCGCAGUGCACCAUGUCAGCCAACGCUCAGGAUUAUGACUUUGAUGAAUAUGACAAACCCGGUGCUGAGCGGUCACGCAGGAGGAGAGGUGGAGAUGAUGAUCUAGAGAGUGAUUUGGAAGAGGAUUUGUUGGAGGAGGAUUGGCUCUCUGGUAAAAAGAAUCCCUCAGAAGUGUCAGAUGAAGAGCUGAAUGAUGACCUUCUACAAAGUGAUGAUGAAGAUGUUGAUAUGAGUGCUCAGGAUGUGAGCCUAAAUGCCACAUACAGCUUGGGCACAUCCUAUGACCAGCAGGACAACUUGCAGGAAGCAGACUACACAGAUGACGUGGUGAACCUGGGCGCAGAAGGCUGUGAAGAAGGGGAUGUAGAGGAGGAGGAGGGGUACCAGCAAGAGGGGGAAGAGGAGUACACAGAGGAAUACAGCCAGGAUGACAACGCAGAGAUGCCUGAAGACCAGAUGGAUUACACUGGAGAGCUAGCUGAGGGUGAAGAUGGCUACCAGGAUGAAGUAUUAGACAUCCAAAUCAAUGAGCCCUUAGAUGGUGAAUUUCAAGAUGAUGAAUAUCAAACCUCCUAUGAUGAUGAGCCUCUGGAUGAACAUGGAGUCCAGCAGGAGGAGGCCCAAGAAGAGGAGGAGGUCCAGGGGGAAGAGCAGCAGGAAGAGGAGGAGGAGGACGACACUGCAGAGGGCUCUCAGGUCUUUGACACAGAAGAGGUUGAAAAUGAAGCUGUGGCUGAAGAAGAAACAAAGGAGGAAUCAGAUGAGGAGGAUGAGGAAGAUGAAGAGUCUGGUCGCAUACGGUUCAAAUCUGAGAGAAAGGAUGGCGUUGUUGUGCGGUUGGCUGAUGUAGGCAGUAAAAGGAGGAAUAUCCCUGAAACACUAGAAUUGUCAGAGAAGGCAAAGCAAGAUCUGAAAGAGUUUGAGGAACAAGAACGGCAGAAGAGACAAAACCGUUACGGAGGCCGAGGGAGAGGAGGAGGAGGAGGAGGAGGAGGAGGAGGAGGGGGAGGAGGGGGAGGGCGAGGAAGUAGAGGAAGAGGAUGCUUCCCAGUCUUUGGAAUGGCAGAUUUUAGAGGAGGACACAGAGGAAGAAUGAAUGACCAGAGGCUCCCCUUGAUGGGAAACAUGGGCAUGCAGCAGCCAUCUUCCCGAAUGCCUCCUCCUCAUCAGCCUCAUCAGCAGCAACUGCAGUCCCAGCAGCACCACCCUUCACGUCCAAGAGGACCUCUUCCCUUCCAAGAGCAUGGGCGCCCACUGGCCCAGCAGCCCCUUCAGCCCCUCAUCCCCCCACACAUGGCUCACCGCUCCCCGCCAUUGCGGCCCCAGAUGGAGCCACCACCACGAAUGAUGAGCUCCCCACCACCCCACUUCCCCCAGCAUCAACAGCAGCAACCUCCACAGCCCAAAAAUAUCCACAUUAACCCCCAUUUCAGAGGGCCCACGUCAUCCUCUGUACAAGUGCCCUUGAUGCCUCCUGCUCAGAGCCAUCCCAGACCUGCUGUGGGUCCUCAGAGGUUCCCUGGACCGGGAGACUUCCAGCAGCACAUGCCUGGUAAUUUUGGUCAGCCCCAGCGGCCCCCUCAUCACAUGGAGCCCUUUAGGAACCAGCCACCUCCAGGCCCCCAGGACAGGGAGCCCCUCUUUAUGGCAGAGCGUACAGAGUCAACACGGUUUCCAGGGCAGCACAUGUUUGAUCACCAGGGCCCUAGCCCUCUGAUGAACAGCAGCAACAACCUCCAUCAGCAACAGCAGCUGCCCGGACAGGGCCACAUGGGCUUUGGCCCACCAGGACCACCCUUCAACCAGCCGAGUCAGGGCCCACUAGGACUGUUUCCAAGAGAACCCCCAAGACCCAACCUCCCUCCCCACCAAGGUCACCAAGGGAUGGUCGGCUUGAAUCAACAAGGUGGCCCACCUAAUCAGCCCAGACCUUUCAUGGGCCCCCGUCAGCCGUUUGGCCAGCAGGGGAACCUUUUUCCCCCUCCACAAGUUCAGUUUGGGAUGCAGGUACGACUAAGAGGCUUAAUGCAUGGUCCUCCUGUCUCCCAGCUUCCACAUCACGACCCACUGUCAUCCCAUCAGCCCAUGCACCAGCAGCAGCAACAUCAUAGGCAGGAGUUACCCCAUCACCAGCAGCAACAGCUAAAUCUUAGUGAGCCUCGCCCCAUGAUGCACCAUGGCCAGAAUCCCUUCCAUCAACAGCAGGCGCACGGUAGCCCCAGGCAGAUGACUCCCCGCCCUCAGAACCCCCAACAGCGCAACAUGUCCAACAGGCAGAGGAUGAACACACCUGUCUCCAAGCAAAUGCAGCUGCGCAACAGCAACCUACGGGAGCUCCCUGUAGCACCUGGCAACACAAACAUGAACAGUGCCCGCCCCGCUGCCAACGUCAGGCCUGUUGCCAAGGCAACACAGGGGGCGCGUCCUGGGCAGAACACUCAGCCUGAUGGUGGCAGAGGAAGAGGCCAAGUUGCUGCCAAGACUGAAUCACAGCCUGGGGGAGCAGGCAGAACAGUGGUUCGCAAGGAAAUCCCAAGCACACCGCCCAGCUCUGCACCACAGGACCCUGAUGAGGAUGAGGAGACACGGCAGUAUCGUCUGAAGAUUGAGGAGCAGAAACGUCUGAGGGAGGAGAUCCUCAAGAGGAAGGAGAUGCGACGGCAGAUGCAGGCUGGCGUCAGAAAGAAGGAGCUGCUGGAAAGGCUUAAUUCCCAGACAAACACUCCAACCCAAGGCCCCGCUUCUACACAGAUUCAACCUGCACAGCAAAAUCAGCACACACUUCUUCCUGUAUUACUACAACAACCACAACCGCAGCCGCAGCCGCAGCCGCAGCCGCAGCCGCAGCAGCAGCAGCAGCAGCAGCAGCACCAGCCGCCGGUACAAAAACAGCAGCAACCGUUACAGCCACAACAGCAGAGACAGUUUCCUCAGAGAACACAACAACCGUUAAAUCAAUCAUUUAAGAAUCCUAAUCAAGGCACCCCCAUCCCUCCUAAUGGCGCCGCUCAGACCUGUACACCACGUCCCAAUGUCAAGACACGCCUGCAGAUGGUAAAAGGUAGCACCCCGCAGACCCCCGGCCCUGUUCCAGACCAGCAAUGGAAACACCCCCAACAAAAUCAGCAGCAGCUGCAACAACAGCGAAGGAACAGUGCUGUGCAGAACAUAAACAGACCUGGCACUCAAAUCCAGUCCACUCAAAAGAAAAUACCUGUAACUCCUUCCGCGGGCCCUGGCCCGGCUCAGGCUCAGGCUCAGAGUCAAGGACCUAAACCUGGGACUAAAAGAACUGUGGUGCAGCGAGCCAGGAAUUCUGGUGUUGAAGGUCAGCAGGUGCCCCACAAAGUCAGAGUCGUCAAACUUUCAGGAGCGAGUGGAAAGGGGCCUGAGGCCACCGGCAGCCCAAUGCAGCAACAAGGCACCUGGCCGGCAACUGCACUAAACCAGGGUGUCCAAAGGAAGGUUACUAUGACAGGACAACAGCAACAGGGACCAGGCGGAACACCACAGGCUUGCCGAGGGGGCACGGGCAACCCACAGCAAAACAGGGUUGUCGUGUCAGGCCGAGGCCGAGGUAGAGGAGGUGGUCAGAUGGGUCGAGGUCGUCCAAUGGCCACCAGACAGAGCCAAAGAGGUGCAGAGAGCGAACGCUGUACUGUGUCCAUAGAGGGCCUCUCCUCAUCCACAACUGACGUUCAGCUAAAGAACCUUCUUAGAUCCAUUGGCCCCAUAGAGAUGUUCAAAAUGAUGCCCCAGCAGAGGAAAGCAAUUGCCACAUUUUCCAGUCCACAGCAUGCGGAAAGUUUUCAAAUGAGUUUCCAUAGGUCACAUCCACAUUGACAGAGUGGUGUCACAAGCAGUCAUCAGUGUGGUUGCUAGCCUCAAACGCAAAGUUAAGGGACCAUACCAAGAGCUUUUCAUUUUUUUUUUGCAAAUCAACAGUGAUUUAUAAAUGGGUAUAAUUUGCUACUGAUCAUUUUGCAAAUUAUAUAUUUUGAGAUACAUUUCUCAGCUUCAGAGCUAUUGUUGGUUUUUUCAUCAGCCCUCUAUGAAUUCUUGCAGAGACUUGAAACCUGCUAAACCUGUCUUUCUUUUUGCCAAAGUUAUGUUAUUAUUUCAUGAUACUGCUGUUCACUGUUAUUUAUUCCUUGACGCAUUUAGGUUCUUAUGCAAAGCUUCAACACAUGAAAUUUGAGUUAGGCCGUUUAUUGUUGAUGCGCUAAAACUAGCCCCACUUUAUAUCUCUAAUGUGAUCAGCAAUGGCCUACUUUGAAAUGCCCAGCAGGUCAUUUAACAUCACUUACUCCUGUUUUGAAGACAUGUCCAAAUUACUUAAGACCUUUCUGUCCUGCUGGUAAAAUAAAUAAAUAAAUAAAAAUAAUUUCUCUGCUGCAUAUUUUAUACAACACUUUAUCUCAAAUUGUGCUAAACAACCAAGGAGAUACAGUAUGCCUCCAGUUUUUGUCUUUGUUUAGUUCAAGUAAUAGUUGCAACUUGUUUAAGUUUAUUUUACUAUACACCAGAUGGACUGUUUUUUGUACAAAUAAAAUAUGGCAUUAAGUUUUGUCAAAUGACCUGGAGUUUUUGUGGGUUUUUCUAAUUUUACCUUGUAUUUAUCAUUUAGGAAAUCAGUGGCUUAAAUUUUUAAUUCUUAAUGUAACCAUUAUUGCAAAAGUCUUAAAAGUAGAAGUACUGAUUACAUGAGAGGUAUAAAAGAGUUGAGCAGAAGCAUGCAAAACCACUGGUAUGGUCCAGCACUUGUUGUGCUGCUGGUUUAAUGACGUUGGGUUGUUUGAGGUUGUAGCUGCACAGAUGUUGUGUUUGGGAUGGCGGUAUUGAGAUUUCUCUUAUGAAAACACACCUUAUGUGACCACAGUUGUCACCACAUCAUCAAAACAAGGAUAUCUCUGAUUAACACGUUAAUUUUUCAGCAGCAUACUGUUGGGAAGAGCCGUUUACCAGCUUUAUCCAUGAAACUGCUUUGUCACGUUUCCUGCCUUAACUCACUCACUUCACGCUUUGGUUUCUUUUACAGCAGUGCAGCCUGCGCCCUUGGAAUGAAGACUUAACUUGAUCUUACUUCCCUCACUAAAUAGAUGUUGCUGCAUUCAGAGUAUUGGGCCCACCACAUUUCCUCCCAUUACUGCUUUUCCUGCCAUCGCUGUUCUUCCAGCUUGCAUAUAUUUUUACAGUUACUCAUCUUUUCCUUUAUGCUGCCUUUGUUGAGUGAACUUAAGACUUCUGUAUCAAGCAGGGUGGCCUACCUGGAUUACCAUUGUUUGUUAGCCCAGUGGCUGGAGGUUUCCAUCUCUGUGACGACAGCCGGUUUCACAGAGCAGACACGUAACUCUUGAGCCGUUUUAUGGCUUUCACUGCACCCAAGGUCAUCCCAGAUCUUGACAUUCAUUGUUGGUUGGAUUUUGAAAAAGACACUACGGUGGUUUCCUCAUCUUGAACAGUAUGGUCAACAAAAUAACGACUGAAAGUCCAACAAAUUGAGCUAAGCCUGAAACUGUUGACAAUGCAUCUUGUCGUGUAUUUUCACCCUUCAAGCUGAUGUAUCAUGAAGUAAUCAUGUUUUAUGUUGGAAUAUUCUGAAAUCGCUGUGAAAGUAGUUCUGAUUCUGUAACCUGUGGUUUUUGUAAAGAAGCAAAAUGAUAAGAAUAUGAGUAUUUUUUUAAAGAGAUGGAAUGUUUUUAAUUUGACACCAGAAAAUUAAGGAAAAUAAAC